CACCGCACCGCGCGCCGCACGCUGGCGGACGCACGCAUCGACGAUUUGAUCCCGCCAAGCCAUCCCCCCUCCCCCUGGGAUUUUGCACCCUGAUUAAUGGGGUGGUACGAGAGUUUUGAGACUUGGUGUGUCUGCCACAGAGAGCAGAGGGCUGGGCUGGAGGACAGGACCUGUUGGGUCAACGCGUACCCAUCCAUGCGCCUUUGCAACCUUUGCUACUCGUCCGUCCGUCGUCUGUCCUUGUUUCGUCUGUUCUUUCGUCUCUGGUUCUGACCGUGUCCGUACUCUAUAACUUGCCACCUAGUCGAGCAGCAGCACCACCCCGCUACCCCACGCCAAGGCCGGCUGCCACUCUCACGCCCGCCAACAACAAUGUCAUCCCAGGCCAUCCCCCGCGCGACGUCGCUCGCCGACAAGACCUGGGGCCUCGACAGCCUUACCAAGGCUCGCUUCUCGUUUGACAGCAAGACGACCGCUGCCACCAUCUUGACUGUUGUCAUAUCGCUCCUCAUCCUCGAGCAGAUUGUCUACCGCACCAAGAAGGCCCACCUUCCAGGUGACAAGUGGACUAUCCCCGUCAUUGGCAAGUUUGCCGACUCGCUCAACCCCACUCUCGAGAACUACAAGCGCCAGUGGUACUCUGGUCCUCUGUCAUGUGUUUCCGUCUUCAACAUCUUCAUCGUUAUCGGCUCGUCGAACAAGAUGGCCCGCAAGAUCCUCAACUCGCCCAAUCACGCCGAGCCCUGCCUAGUCGCGUCUGCCAAGAAGGUUCUUGACCCCGAGAACUGGGUGUUCCUUCACGGCAAGGUCCACGCCGACUACCGCAAGGCGCUCAACGUCCUUUUCACCCAGAAGGCGCUCGCGAUCUACCUCCCGAUCCAGGAGCGCAUCUACCGCCGCUUCUUCAAGGAGUGGGUGUCGUACAAGGGGGCGCGCCCGAUGAUGAUGCGCAUGCGUGACCUCAACAUGGAGACGUCGCUGUCCGUCUUCAUCGGCCCCUACCUCACCGACGCGGACAAGGACCUGAUCAACAAGAAGUACUGGGACAUUACCACGGCGCUCGAGCUCGUCAACUUCCCCUUCGCCAUCCCCGGCACCAAGGUCUACAACGCGAUCCAGGCCCGCAAGGUCGUGAUGAAGUACCUUAUGAACGCGUCCGCGUCGUCCAAGGUCCGCAUGGCGGACAUGCAGAACGAGCCCGAGUGCCUGCUCGACGAGUGGACGCGCGCCAUGAUCCUCUCGAAGAACGGCAACUCGGAGGAGGCCAAGCUCCUCUCGCGCGAGUACUCUGACAAGGAGAUUGCCAUGGUUGUGCUCUCGUUCCUCUUUGCGUCGCAGGACGCCAUGUCGAGCGCGAUCGUCUACGCGUUCCAGCUCACGGCCGACCACCCCGAGAUCCUCGCCAAGAUCCGCGAGGAGCAGAUGCGCGUGCGCGGCGGCGACCUCGACGCGCCCCUCACGCUCGACCUCGUCGAGGACAUGGUCUACACCCGCGCCGUGGUCAAGGAGGUCCUCCGCCUCCGCCCCCCCGUCAUCAUGGUGCCGUACCUCACGACGCGCGAGUUCCCCAUCACCGAGGACUACACGGUGCCCAAGGGCGCGAUGAUCAUCCCGGCCUUCUGGAACUCGCUGCACGACGAGACGUGCUUCCCCGAGCCGGACAAGUUUAUGCCCGAGCGCUGGCUGCCGAACGAGGACGGCUCGGCGCCCCUCGCAGAGUCCAAGCCCCAGAACUACCUCGUGUGGGGCAGCGGCCCGCACAAGUGCAUCGGCCCGCAGUACGCUGGCAUGCACCUCGCCGCCACGCUCGGCACGGCAUCCGUGCUCCUCGACUGGGAGCACGUGCGCACCAAAGACUCGGACGAGGUCAAGGUCAUCGCGGCCAUUUUCCCCAAGGACGAGUUCAUCGCCUCCUUCACGGAGCGGGCGGCCAUGUGAGGUGGUGUGUGCCCGGACAAUUUUCGAUUCGAGAGCCGCGAGAGCCAGAGCCAGAGGCGCGAGUGCCGCGAAUCGCGAGAGUCGCGAGAGUCGCAAGAGUCGAGUCGGAGAAGUAUCGACGUCACGAGGUAGAGAGCGUAGAGCGCUUGAUGCCACGCACGAGCGCGGCCGACAGCCGGCGCGGUGGCGGACGACACCAGUAAUGUGCCAUACCCCCCCCUAAUCUAGUUUUCUGCAGUGUCUUGGGUCCAAAGGCAGUAUGCAUGCAGCUGUAGCUCGGA